AGGACCGCUACCUCGCAGGAAAACUAUAUGCCAAUGCAAAGAGCAUUGCGCAAGCUGUGCGUCCGAAAGAACUUCAGAACGAUGAGCUAAGCCACAAAAUGUGGCAAGCUAGCAGUCUGGCCGCUGCCUCCUGGAUCGCAGGCAUCUGGGAUGCGCAACAGCUCUACAAUAUUUGGAGUGUUGACAACGAAGGUGAUGCACUUACGAGUGAAAAGAGAGAAAUUGAAAGUCAAAUUCCUUUCCAUAUAUUCUAGACAUUGACUAAAAGUAUAGAAUGUGUCACUUUUUCGUUCUGCAUCAGUUGUUUUUACUGGAGAGAGAUUUACCGGAAAACUAUGUUGACCACAAGGAUCAGGGUCAGUGCAACGUACAAAUUCUUGAAAUAGUCUCAGACUCAGACGAAUAAUUUUUUACAGCUUUAAGCCGAAGAAAAUUGCUGCGGAAAGUGUGGAUCAGCAAGAAGCAGAUGAUGAAGAAGACGUGCUUGGAGAACAGCAGCCUAGUUUUUUUGGUUCACGGACCGCGGCUUCACCGAUGGAUCUCGAGAGCGAAGAGCAGCUGGAGGGCGACAAAAAGGUGCCGCCACCGGCUGAUGUUGUAGCGGUGAAGCUAUUCUCUGCUCAGUCGAGCAAGAAAGCACGUAACGAGCGGUUGCGUGAGGACGAGAUCACAACUAUUUCGGCGGGCGUAUCUUGCGACGCACAAAUGAUCACGCGAAACGGGCCGAUUCAGAACGCAUUCGUCGAAACCGUCAAUCCGCGAACUCCAAUAGCAUACUUCCGAAAGGGACUACUGGCACUUCCACAAAGUCAGGAACGGCAGGUUCUUUCAUCAACGUCAGCAGCACAUCCUCAUCGUGAUCCUCAGCAGGGAAGCGAAAUUAUCUCCCAGAUGGCGCCAGAAGAAGGUGAAUUUGCGCAAUCCCUUCGGGAAAGCGAGGGAUCGAUACGUGUUGAUCAACAAGGUCACCAGACCUGGAACCUGCAGAAAACAAUGCCGUAUUUUGAUUAUCUGGUGAAGACCUUGACCGACGCAGCAGCAAAAAAAUAUCAGACUACUACAAGUGGAAGUGGUAGCUCUUGCGUCUCCUGCCACGCGGCAGCCGUCAGCUUUAUGCAGCGUCCGAAACGAAAGGCCAACCUAUUGACCGAGGGCUUGCCUGUGCUCUCUCCCGCCUUUCCGCCAGCGGCGCUGAAUAUGCCCGGCUUUCACCAGGCUCUAUCCUUGUCGUCGGACCACCUUCCCACGCUGGCGCACCGGGG